UAUUUAAAAAUCAAAUGCAAGUGUCAAAAAUAUAUGAAAUCUACUUUUGUAUCUCAAGAAUACACUGAUAUCCUUAUAUCUUCAAGUCUGCUGAUGAGUCUGGACUUACUAUUUAAUUUACUAAGUUCAUUAGUGUGUUACGUACAUGAAGAUGAUGAUUUAACGUCUAGUCAGGCUCCCUUUUUUUUUUUUUUUUUUUUUAGAGCCGCUGACACUUAAGUAGAAUCUUUAACAUCCAAGCCUCAAACAAAAUGGGAAUUAUGAAUAAACCAAUGUUUGACCUUUUGUUCAUUGCAUGAGCUCUUUGUUGACUUGCUUGUUUAUCUCUUCCACAUUCCGUCUUCCUCUUGAGCGUUACUCUUUCAUAUUCUAACUCAGUAUUAUAGCUCGUUACUAUACGAGCCCAAGGACGUUUCUAGUCUGCAGGCAGACGACGUGUUUCCACGUGACAUUUGUUUCCACUUCAGAGUGUGUGUUGUUGGCCUCCUACACUCUUAACCCUCCUCAAGAUAUAAAAAUACCCGAGUGGUGAAAGCUUUUUCUUUUCUAGAGUGGAGGAAAAUGGACCGGCGUUAUGUAAGCUGCCAGAAUUAAGUUGCCUCUUCAAUCCCUCUUCACCCCAAAGACAGGUGCUGUUAGCUGUAAGAACAGCCGCUGCUGGCUGACGGGACACAGAGCGAGAUGCAGAUGGGCAUUCGUUGGCUUGAAUGCAGCUGUUGGCUCUGUCUGUGAAACUGGAAGUGUUCCAAUGACUGUGUGCACAUAACUUAGCACAGUCAUGCUAAAGUGCUGGACCCCUCCAGACCCAGAGUGACGUUAGUGUGGCCGCUAAGCUGUGUGGAACAGAGCGGGGAGGUAGAGAGACGUCUGCAUGCUGAGAGAGGAGCUAUUUCAGGCUGAAAACACUCUGAGGCAACAGAGGCACGGCCAUCAACCUACACCACCGCCAAAUCCCCAAAGAGAGCCCCAAACAGGGCAGCUAUCAGUGGUAUACAGCGGCAUCGAGGUCAGGCUUUGCAUUGCCAGGAGACUUGAGUAGGCGAGAGCACCGAGCGGUGUUCUGGUGAGUUUUUCUGUCAGUUCAAGCUUUGGUUGUAGUAGUCACCUGUUGGCUUUAAAGUAAACAGUUUGUCCGGGGUUCACCACCUGAGUGUGUUUCCUUAAUGUCUAGGAAUAAAGCCUAUCAGACUGGUUUUGGACUUGAAGGGAGAGAAUAAUAACAGGAAGCUGGAGGGAGAAGUUCCGAGUCGUGUUAACACUUCAUAAAAGUUAUCUAUUGUGUAGAAUAACUUUUUAAAUGUUAUUUUUGGUCUUUUUCUAUUUCUUUCAGCAGAGACAAUGUGGUUUGAAAUGUGCACGAGAUUUCUUGGAUGUAGCCCAGAUUCCUUUAUUGGGUGACAACAAAUGAACCUGGAACUAUUUAAAAACCGGCUCAAUUAACAUUAUUAUUUAAAUUGUCACAGCAAGAGUGAGGCCAAUAUUUCUAUUGUGCGGUGGUGUUGUGUAAUCAGCAUGUUGUCUGUUGGUCAUGGUUAAGAUAAAGUUGUGAAUCGACCUUGCACGUAUGAAGUCACGGCUCUUUAUAUGGUGGACCACAGUGGAUAAUGCUAUUAUUAGCACACUGUGUGGAUCAAGGAAAGCCCCACGCUUUGAAAUGGACUUCAAUUUUAGCUGCUUGUGACUUUGACUGUGUUUCUUUUCCCCCGCAAGACGUGCAUGUGACUCCACAGUGAUCCCUCAUCCCCCGGGGACAAACAAUUAUAACACACACACACUCAGGUUCCUCCUGAGGUUGGGAAUUUCUUUAGCCCUAAGGCUCAUAUAAGCUGAUGUGGAAUGCAGCGCUGGAUUAUUUGGCAAACGUGGAAAGCAACUUGUUUAGAUCACAGGACUGUUCUUUGUUUGCUGCAAAACACAAUUAAUCUGGCGGCUUUUAUGACUUUAGGUGGGAUUAAUUGUGUAAUAGUGUUGAUUCCUCCAUGACACGACAAGUUAUUUUUUUCCAUUGCCAAACACAAUAAGAACCUGUAGCAUGCCAGAGUGUAUUUGAAGGAAACAUUACCCUAAAACUGUACAAGUACAAGCAAAUAGUCCUGGUGAACUCCAACUAAACUGGACAUAUUUAAAAUGUCAGCACUCACAAUGAUAUCAAAAGUCAUUACCAGUUAAUAAUUAAAGACGCAUUCGGGAACAUGUCAUUGCUUUCCCACUCAUUUUACGCACACUUAUUAACAAAUGAAUAAACAUCCUGUGCCAAUGUAUAAACACACAGUUCUAAAGUACACGUACUACUUUCAUUUUGAACUUGAUAUAUUCCCAAUGCCUUUUGCAUCGCUCAGUUCAGAAAAUGGAUUACUUAUUCAUCACUAAGCAUUACAGAUGUUUUAAAAUGCCCUUCAUGAGAGUCAAGUUGCCCGAUGUUCUAAAGAAAGCCAGUGUAGUGACUCACUCCCUGUCUUCUGUCUGUAUUGUUUGAGAUGAGAGAGCACAUUGAUUUUCCUGCGUGGUGGUAAACCGGCUUUUGUGGCGCUCCCUCUCAUGUCACCCUUUUUAAUUUUUAAUUUUAAAAGCCUUUUUCAUUACCAGCUGCUCACCUAUUGUCUGUGUCGCUGCAUGAAUUUGAUUCCCUCUCGCAGACUGAAAAAGAUCGUAAUGGACCUUUUCAGAAUAGAUAACAGUAUUUCCACAUGACACUGAAUGUAAUCAUCAUGUGAUCAAAGGACCGAGCAAUGUUCUGCACGUUCUGCUACACAGUAUUAUGCUUAUUUUUUCAAACCUACGUCUCAUCCUUGAUUUCUAAUUAAUUUCUGGAUAAUUACUACUUCAGGACUAUAAAAAUAAUUAAAUAAGUUGAGGAUGGUAUAUUUUUGUGUCUCGCUGGUCACAACUGGUACACACUUGCAACCAGUAACGAGGAGUUGCAAGUUGUCACUGCUUUGUUUUUAGAGUUCACCAGACAAACAGGUGAGGAACCUCUGGGCUAAAACAUGCAAAUCCCCCACUGGCACAGUCUGGACAGAUAUUGAUCAUUGGGGUUAAAUUUCCACCUCACGGUUGAGGUUGUUUGUGUGUGACAGACGGAUCAAUUUGUGUGCGCUCUGACUCAGUUUUGAAUGGGUGCUGGAGUCACAUGGCUACUUGUCAGCAGGCUGGAGGAGGAAACAUAAUCCUGAGGAGGAAGGCUGCCGCUAUCAGUUGGUCUGAGAGAGAGGGAGAGAGCUCUCGGCAGGUCGAGAGGCUGGACUGCACAUGAUCGGCUCAACAUCUCUAACUCUCGUUUCGUUUGUCUCCCUAUCUCGCCCGCCUCCCUCUGUUUGUUUUUGCCCUGCACUCUGAACUAGCCCCGGGUCUCUCUUCACAACAGAGUUCAGAAUUGCACUACAAUGUCUGCGGUGGCCUCUCUGCUGUGAGCACACAAAGGUUAUGCUGCCCAAAAGCUGUCUGAGUCCCAGUGAGAAAGAGAAAGAGAAGGGCUAAAGCCGCACCGACCCAAACCAGCGUUCCAGAGCCUCUCCUGCAGCGACUCCACCGUGGAGCCAUGAGCAACCCCAGCGCUCCCAAACAGAUAACAGAUGCCAUGGCAUCGGUUAUUCACAGUCCAGAGGCUCCUGCUGCCUCAACACUACACGGGACUCCGCACCCUGAAGAGGAGGAUGAAGGGGACCUGAACAAAGCCUUGGGGGUCAAGCGCUUCCAGCAGAUCCUCAGCCCCGCUGCAGCCGUACCCGAUGAACAGCACCACAACUACCAUGAGGAGGACAUUGAAUACAACCGUCACUCCUCUCACCACAUCCACCGACCUCUGUCCAAACUGCCCUCCGACGGACGCAGGAAGAAGAACAACAAGAAAAGGAGAAAGGACAAAGAUCACAAAGGCAGCCAUGUUCCCGGCAGCGGCGCCAUAGAGGAGGGAGAGGAUGAAGAGGAAGAGGACGAUGAGGCCACGGAGACCACGUCUGCUCCAUCUGAGUCGGAGAGAGUGAAAGAUGUGGAGUUCUUUGUUUCGGAUGAAGACCAUGUGGCCAAAGAGAGCCCGCACUCGGCCCGUGAGCUCGACAUCGUGCCACAGUCUGCGGUGGGAGCAGAUACUGAAGAAGCAACUUCCACAGAUAAGCUGGCCUCUUCCGACACUGCCAGCUCCUCUCCCCAGUCGGGGCCACCCGAACACGUGCCACUGGCCCGGGUGUCCUCCGUCAGCCGCGGCUACGACCUGCAGGAUCGCAGACGCACAGGCAACAUGACGGGUGCUGAGGAGGCCAAGUACCAACGCGUCCCCACUGACGAGAGCGAGGCUCAGACGCUGGCCUCCGCUGACCUGGAUGGCAUCAAGAGUCAUCGUUUUGAAGAUGUUCCCGGCGUGCGCAGACACCUGGUCAGAAAGAGCACCAAGGGACAAGUGGUGCAUACCGGCAAGGACCAUAAAGAGCCGACCACUCGCAGCCGCAAGCAGGACCGAACCCCACAUGAGUCAAUACCGGUGGUUCUGUACCGCUCUGCCUCGCGUCUCGAAGGCGUAUUGCUGGACAAGGACUACGUGAUGGCUCGGUACCAGAAGGUGUUCGUGGAGCUGAAUGAGCUGACUAUGGACAAGAACCAGGAGAUGCAGUGGAAGGAGACUGCUCGAUGGAUCAAGUUUGAGGAGGACGUUGAGGAGGAGACCGACCGCUGGGGGAAACCUCACGUGGCCUCGCUGUCUUUCCGCAGUUUGCUGGAGCUUCGGAAGACCAUCUCGCAUGGUGCAGUGCUGCUGGACCUGGACCAGAAGACCCUGCCGGGCAUCGCCCACCAGGUGGUGGAACAGAUGAUCAUAUCUGACCAGAUCAAAGCUGAGGACCGAGCCAACGUCCUGAGGGCCAUGCUGCUGAAACACAGUCACCCGAGCGAUGAGAAGGAGCACAGUAGCCCUUUCCCCAGGAACAUGUCCGCGGCCAGCCUGGGCAGCCUGAUGACGCAUCACCACAGUGCCAAUCACACCCAUCACCCUGAACCGUCGGUGACCGACCCGCUCAUGGGAGGCGUCCACACCGCGGGGGACACAGAGACGCGCAUCGACGUGGAGAAGAACGAGGCACAGAAGGAGACGAUGUCUGUGUCCGGUAUGCACCGGUCCAAAUCUAAACAUGAGCUGAAGCUGCUGGAGAAGAUUCCUGAGAAUGCUGAGGCCACUGUUGUCCUUGUGGGCAGCGUGGACUUCCUGGAGCAGACCACCAUGGCGUUUGUGCGACUGCAGGAGGCCGUGGAGCUGGAGUCCGUCCUUGAGGUCCCCGUACCGGUCAGGUUUCUCUUCGUUCUGCUGGGACCCCCCACCACCAGCAUAGACUAUCACCAGAUAGGACGCUCCAUCUCCACACUCAUGUCUGACAAGCAAUUCCACGAGGCAGCUUACCUGGCAGACGACAGGCAGGACCUGCUGAACGCCAUCAACAGCUUCCUGGACUGCAGCAUCGUGCUGCCGCCUUCAGAGAUGGGAGGCGACGAGCUGCUGCGCUCUGUCGCUCGCUUCCAGAGGGAGAUGCUGCGCAAGAGGGAGGAGCAGGGGGUCAAACUGGCCAAGGAGCCUAAAAGCAAGGAAGAAAAAGAGGCCCUCCUCACACCCUUGAAGAAGUCAGACGACCCUUUAGAGCGCACCAGACGCCCCUUUGGUGGGCUCGUACGAGACGUGCGGCGCCGCUACCCAAAAUACCUCAGUGACUUCAAGGAUGCCCUGAACAGUCAGUGUAUGGCUGCCGUCAUCUUCAUCUACUUCGCUGCCCUCUCUCCAGCCAUAACAUUCGGAGGCCUACUGGGUGAGAAGACGGAGGGUCUGAUUGGUGUUUCUGAGCUGAUUGUGUCGACAGCAGUGCAGGGUGUGGUCUUCUGCUUGCUCGGAGCGCAGCCGCUACUCAUUGUGGGCUUCUCCGGACCCCUGCUGGUCUUUGAAGAAGCCUUCUACAGUUUCUGCAAAGCAAACGACAUGGAGUACCUGACCGGCCGCGUGUGGAUCGGGUUUUGGCUCAUCGUCAUCGUGAUCGUCGUGGUGGCCUUCGAGGGAAGCUUCCUGGUCCGCUUCGUGUCCCGCUUCACCCAGGAGAUCUUCUCCUUCCUAAUCUCCCUCAUCUUCAUCUGCGAGACCUUCAUCAAGCUGGCCAGGAUUUUCAAGGAGCACCCGCUGAAAAGUUGCUCCCUCAACGGCACAGAAGUGGACGCCUCGACAGCAAAUAUCACACUCGUGCUGAGCAACAGCACCCUGCCGGUGGUGGUCCUAAACCAGCCCAACACCGCGCUGCUCUCUCUGGUUCUCAUGGCCGGAACCUUUUUCAUCGCUUUCUACCUGCGCAAGUUCAAGAACAGUGCGUUCUUCCCUGGAAGGUUGCGCAGGAUUAUUGGAGAUUUUGGCGUCCCGAUUGCCAUCCUCAUCAUGGUGCUGGUGGAUUACAGUAUAGAUGACACUUUCACACAGAAACUGAGCGUUCCUCGUGGUUUCUCUGUGACGACUCCUUCCGAGCGCGGCUGGAUCAUCAGUCCUCUGGGGACCAACGGAGAAUUCCCCGUCUGGAUGAUGUUUGCCUGCUGUCUGCCCGCUCUGCUGGUUUUCAUCCUCAUCUUCAUGGAGACUCAGAUCACCACCCUGAUCGUGAGUAAGAAGGAGCGGAUGCUGGUGAAGGGCUCUGGUUUCCAUCUGGACUUGCUGCUGAUCGUGGUGCUGGGCGGCUGCUCGGCUCUGUUCGGCCUGCCGUGGAUGGCCGCCGCGACCGUUCGCUCGGUGACCCACGUCAACGCCCUCACUGUCAUGAGCAAGGCCGUGGCCCCCGGAGACAAGCCCCGCAUCCAGGAGGUGAAGGAGCAGAGGGUCACCGGGCUCCUGGUGGCCAUCAUGGUUGGUAUGUCCAUUGUGAUCGGUGACCUGCUGAGCCGGAUCCCCCUGGCGGUGCUGUUUGGUAUCUUCCUCUACAUGGGUGUGAUGUCCCUCAAUGGUAUCCAGCUAACAGAGCGGAUGAUGCUGCUGCUUAUGCCACCAAAGUAUCACCCUGACCACACCUACGUACGCAAGGUCCGCACGCUGCGCAUGCAUCUGUUCACCAUCAUCCAGGUGGUGUGUCUGGCGGCUCUGUGGGCCGUUAUGUCCACUCAGGCCUCGCUGGCUUUCCCCUUCGUCCUCAUCCUCACCAUCCCUGUCAAGAUGUUCCUGCUGCGCCGCAUCUUCACCGCCAGAGAGAUUUCAUGUCUGGAUGCAGACGACGCAGAGCCCAAGUUUGAUGAGCGCGAGUGUCACGAUGAGUACUCUGAGAUGCACAUGCCUGUGUAACCCGCAACGACCCCUCACGUCGCCACCCAACUCCUCUACGUGAACACCAAAACAUCUUCUGACUCACUCUACCAACCAAUGACAUCCUUCAAACUUGAAACAUUCACAAUUUAAUGCCACGUCACUGUGCACCCUCUUCAUCAUCACCGAGACAUGAACGUACAAUAUGACGGCGGUCUGGUUGGUUGUUGCUUCGGUCCAACUGUUUAAGUAGCUUUUUAUCAGACUGUUGGGGGGAUUUUGUGCUGGUUAACAGCAUCCGACCGGGCAGAUUAAAAACCGGUCGACAGCAUGUGUUCGCACAUAAUAUGCUUUUUAAAAAUAUAUAUUUCAGGGGACGAGAGAUUCCAAAUCAAAUGAUCUCGAGCUCGAAAUUAAAUGUGAUUACAGUAGAUAGAUUUGCAAGACUGAUGAAGUUUUAGCCCUGAAAGGUUGCUCUGAUUCACAUUGAAUAUGUGGAGGGAAGUAUGGGAGAUGGUCUUUCAUAUUAACACCAUCUAUUCAAGUUUGUUGCUUUUGUUAAUGUUUUAAACUCACAAAGCGCCUUAUGAAGGAACGACAAAAAGGUAUACCGAGGUGUUAUUUCCCCUCAUUCUGUCUUAUUUUAGACGGCUGAUCACUUUAUCCGCCUCCCUAGGCUCGUGGCACUUUUUUUAAGACACCAAAUCUGAACAAUGACUGUAUUUUAUGUAAUAAUUGUAUCUUCUUCGCAUCCUCUUUCAUCCCUUAAAUAUCAAUGUUGCUUUAGUUUGUUUCUUAUACAACUAUCUGAUUGAUUUUUAGCUUGUCCUUGGUUUUUUUUUUUUUUUUUGGACGACUCAACCGUUGCAGUUUAGGUGACAGUUGGGAUUUCUUGGGAGAUCUAAUGACAUGAAAACAUAUUUCUAACCCGAACAGAAGAUUAACACAGUAGCUAUAUGUAUGUAUGCAUGUAUGUAUAUAUGUGUGUGUAUAUAUAUAUAUAUAUAUACAUAUACACACACACACUCUAAAUGUCUCCACGCACAUGUUUAGGGCACUAAUGUAUCAAUGUAGAGUUUGUUUCACUUGCUGUGUUUUUGGGAAACGCUGUAAUUUAUUGGUUUCUUUGUCCAAGUGCCAAAUGUCUCGUGUAAAUAGUUUUGUGAUCAGAACAAUAAGCUGCAGUUCAGCCAUCUCACAUCUCCUCCUGUAACGAUGUUUUUCUUGAAGGAGCCUAAAUUAACAUUUCGAAGUACAACAUUCCUUUUUUUUUUUUUAAUCAUAACGUUGCUCUAUAUAUUUUGGCAUCAACUAAUUCAAACAUUUCAUUGGCACUCGUAAACUUGGUCGACCAAAUUUACACACAAGCUGUGUGGACAAUCUCAAUAUUCAUGCAUUGAUGCAUACUGAGACCGAAGGCUUUUUAAAAUAUAUAUAUAUAUAUGUGUGUGUAUUUUUGUUUUGUUUUAUGUCAUGUUGUAUCAGUGUGACAUGGAUUGGUUAAAGCUUUGACUGUGUCAAAUAAUGUUCAGUCCUCGGUUACUCUCAAGUGUGUAUUCCACUACUCUCCCCUCUCAGCUGCCGGUGUGAUCUUGUGCCUGUUUGGUGUCAGAAAGGCGCACAAAAUCUCAAGUGCCUCCGGGACCACGAAGUGAUCAGCUACAAGUGUUCGUCGUGUUUGUCAGGACGACGCACGUUACGAUAGUUUGCACUUUCGAAGAUGCUCAAAAAUCAAACAUCUCUCCAUUAUUUAUCUGUUGCAAUAUGAGGCAUUAUUGCUGCUUUUGUCGCUUUGUUUUUAAUGUACACACAGACGCAUAUUUGGCUGCAUCGUGUCCGUGAAUAAUGAAGGGGAUGUUGAUGAGAAGUUGGCAGUGUCUGUUUUAUAUUUGCUUCGUGUGCCUGUGGAUGGAGUGAAGUUGGUCUGUGUAUGCCAAUGUAUCUGUCAAUGUUGCGAAAUGCCGAUACGAUAUUUUGUCCCAUUUCAAAAAGCAAUAGACGGUCUGAGAGGCUAUUGCUGAUGUUCGCUUGUACAUUAAAGGUUGAAAUAUUGAUGACGCAUAAAAGUUAUUUUCUAUUUAUCCUG